AUGUCGACCGCAGAUACUUCGACUCAAAUCAUCAGCUUCGAUGGAUCCUCUGUCCCUGGUCAGACGAAAAUCUUUUCCGAGUCGAGCUUCUUCAAAGAGAGACGCGCGCCUACGCUUCCUGCCCCAGCUGAGGUCAGAGCCCGCAACGAGGAGCCGGGCAAUAUCCGUGCUACAAGCUUUGAUCGCCCACCACCCGUCACAUUCCCAUCGCUCGGGUUGCUUGUCAAGUACGGUGGCAAUGUUACAAUUGUCGAGGCUCAGACUCAGAUGAUGGUGCACGAGCGGCUGCAAGGUUUAGUCCCCGUGCCCGAGAUCUUUGGCUGGACCGAGGAUGAUGGGCAGAGGUUUAUUUACAUGUCCUUAAUAGAGGGCGUGACUUUACAAGAAAGAUGGUGCGAUAUGAAUGAAGACGAGAAGCGUGUGAUUUGUGAAGAACUUAAAGGAAUGGUAAAGGAGUUGCGAGCAUUAGAGCAAGACAGCCAUGAUCGAUUUGUUGGUGAGUGGAUUAUCUCGAGUCUACUUUGCAAGCAAUUCUAA